AUGGAGUCUCGUCCCAAGCCAACACUAAGUAAAAGCUUCCUCAAAUAUCACGCGGGCUGGCGUCGCGUGGUCAGCCAUUUCAGCCCAUCAUGGUUCUCCACGACAAUGGGCACCGGCAUCGUCGCCAUUCUAUUCCAUAUCAUCCCAUUCGGGCAUACAUACUUGCACUAUGUAUCCAUCAUCUUCUUCAUUCUCAACGUCGUUCUCUUUGCUGUAGUACUCUGCAUGUCCAUUCUCCGGUACACGCUGUACCCUGAGAUCUGGGCAGUGAUGAUUCAGGACCCGACAAACUCACUCUUCCUUGCGACCUGUCCGAUGGGUUUCGCGACGCUGAUUGAGAUGUGGGUGUUCGUCUGUGUGCCGGCCUGGGGGGACUGGACGAGGACGGUGGCGUGGGUGUUGUGGAUUGUCGAUGCGGUGGCGGCUGCGUCGGUGACGGCUGACGAUGAUAGGAUCUCGCAGACGUAUAUUACGUCCCUCGAACGCAUCACCGCGCUGCAGCUUCUCCCCAUCGCGGCGACGAUCGUUGCGGCAGGGACAGGGGCAGAGGUUGCCGAGAUCUUGCCAGAUAAGCAGCAUGCUAUGGGCACUGUGCUUGCCUCGUAUAUCCUCUGGGGUAUGGGGACGCCUCUCGCGAUGACCAUUUUGGUGAUAUACUACCAGCGCCUGGCGGUACAUAAACUUCCCUCCCGGGAGACGAUUGUCAGUUGUUUCUUGCCGCUGGGGCCGCUGGGAUUCGGGGGAUUUGGGAUUCUGUAUCUUGGAAAAGUUCUGCGCAAACUUGUCGAGACUCACGCUGUGAUCGACCCCGUGGCGGGAUCGGUCGCGUACACCUUGGGGCUGUUCAUCUCCCUGCUUAUGUGGAGUUUCGGGCUAAUAUGGCUUGUCUUUGCCCUGGCGACAAUCUAUCACGCGUCCCCGUUUCCAUUCAAUAUGGGCUGGUGGGGAUUCACCUUUCCGCUGGGCGUUUAUGCGGCGAACACCCUCCUGCUGGGUGAGCAGCUGGAUUUGAUGGUUUUUAAGAUUUUUGGAAUGAUACUCAGUGUGGCCGUCAUCCUCUUGUGGCUCGUUGUGGCCGCCCGCACGCUGCACGGCGCAUGGCAAGGGAGUCUCUUCUACGCACCUUGUCUGCAGAAUCUAAAGAGCAAGGAGGAUCCAGCAGAAGCUCCUAUUCGCCAGGCAUGA